UGCCUAAACCAAUGAAAGUGCUUUUGUUUAUCAUUAAUCCAAACAUUUUUUACUCAAGACUAGGUUUAAUUUUCUUAGGCUAAUGAUUAGGGAAAAAAAUAGUUUAUAACCUAGAUCAAUGGAAUUAAGAUUAACCCAUUUCACUAGUUACAGUCUCUCUCUGUUUGACUCUUCUUGAUCUCCAUUUUUAGUCAAUUCAAAACCCAUUCUCUCUCUCUCUCUCUCUCUCUCCAAAAACCCAUUUUCUUGAUUAAUCAACAAAUCUCAAUCUUUCCUCUUACAGAGCCAAGAAAAGCCACCAAAGUGAAGAACCAACCAGUCAUUCCAAGAAACCAGAAGAUUCUACAAAUAAAGAAAAAAUAAAGUUGAAUACCACCAACACCACACCCUUCUUUUGCUUUCUCUCUUUGUUUUUCUUUUCUUUUUCUUUCUUUUCUUAUCUUCAACACCAACAAGGAGAAGAUUUGAGAAAGAAAUAGAAACUUUUCCUAUGACCUAACCCUAGAUUUUCCUCCACAUUACAAGAAAACCCAGAAAAAAAAAAGAGAAAAGAAAUCUAGGGUUUUGAUCAAAAUCCCCCAGAUUUUCCCAAGAAAAUGUCACAAUUGAAGCAAAUGUCCCACAUUGAUAACACCCCAUCAACCCCAGGAAAGUUCAAGAUGGAGAAAUCACCAUACAUUCACAGACUCAGAUUCCACUCUUCUCUUGCCAAGCUCACUUUCUGGUCCUUCAUGUUCUUAGGCUUAAUCUUGAUCUUCUUCUUCAGAUCACCCUCUUCUUCUUCUUCUUCUUCCCCAAUCUCUUCAGAUCUCUCUCGCCGAUCUCUCCGAACCCAUUCUUGGGCCGACCCAGUUUGGGAAAAACGGGUUCGAUCCUCUGCCCGAGUCCGAUCCCACAAUGGCUUCACCGUCCUCGUCACCGGCGCCGCCGGCUUCGUCGGAACCCAUGUCUCCGCCGCCCUCAAACGCCGUGGCGACGGUGUCCUCGGCCUCGACAACUUCAACGAUUACUACGAUCCAUCUCUGAAGCGAGCUCGACAAGCCCUUUUGGAACGAAGUGGAAUUUUCAUUGUUGAAGGUGAUAUCAAUGACAUUGAUCUUUUGAAGAAGCUUUUUGAGGUUGUUUCAUUUACCCAUGUAAUGCAUUUGGCUGCUCAAGCUGGUGUGAGGUAUGCUAUGGAAAAUCCAAGCUCUUAUGUUCAUAGCAACAUUGCUGGUCUUGUUAGUGUUCUUGAAGUCUGUAAAUCAGUCAAUCCACAACCUUCAAUUGUUUGGGCAUCUUCUAGCUCUGUCUAUGGACUCAAUACAAAAGUACCCUUUUCAGAAAAAGAUAGAACUGACCAACCUGCUAGUCUCUAUGCAGCCACAAAAAAGGCUGGUGAAGAGAUUGCACACACAUAUAAUCACAUUUACGGGCUUUCGCUAACCGGGUUGCGAUUCUUCACGGUUUAUGGCCCUUGGGGUAGGCCAGACAUGGCUUAUUUCUUUUUUACAAGAGAUAUAUUGAAAGGGAAAUCAAUUCCGAUCUUUGAAGCGUCCAAUCAUGGCACUGUUGCGCGUGAUUUUACCUACAUUGAUGAUAUUGUGAAGGGUUGUUUGGCUGCAUUGGACACUGCUGAGAAAAGCACUGGGAGUGGUGGGAAGAAGAAGGGACCGGCUCAACUGCGGGUUUUUAAUUUGGGGAAUACUUCCCCUGUUCCAGUUUCUGAUCUUGUUGGGAUUUUGGAAAGGCUUUUGAAAGUUAAGGCUAAGAGGAUGAUCAUGAAGUUGCCUAGGAAUGGGGAUGUGCAAUUCACGCACGCGAAUAUAAGCUUGGCUCAGAAGGAGCUCGGGUACAAGCCCACAACAGAUCUGCAGACAGGUUUGAAGAAAUUUGUGCGGUGGUAUCUCAGUUACUAUGGUUCUGGUAAGAAGAGUUCUCAGUGAUAUACACAUUCAUUCAAUUGUGUGGGUACUAGUAGGAUGUUUCCAAUUCUUGUUCAUUUCGAUUCAUAUGAUUGUUUUUUUGUGGUUACCUAUCUCUGUUCUUUUGCCCCGAUUAUCUUGUUUUCGUGUAUCUUUGAUGAUGCCAUACGAGAGAGAAACUUGCAUUCCACGACGAAGAAGGUAUUUUUUGCGGUUGGUGGACCUUGUUUCAUUCUGAGCUGUAUCAAAAAUCCAGAACCAUGUUCUUAAUUUCUCGCGAAUGUAAUUGUUGUAGUUUUAUCAUUAGAAUUCAUGACUAGUAGAGCAUUUGGCGAUUGGUUGAUGACUUUGUAUAAUCUUCCAUGGAAUUCCAAUAAGAUAGCACACGAUAGUUUUAGAUUUUCUGAUCUCUUUAUACAUUA